GAACUACGAAAAUAAAGAAAGUCGUUUCGCUAUAGCGACUUCUAUCUCAUCCGGGACAUUUUAAACGGAAGUAAAUAAAAUAUUCUGCAUGAUAUGAAAAUGUUACAUGCUUUAUUCAAAUUAUACAAUAUAUAAGCUUAUAUUUGCACUAAGAUUAAUUGAAAAUGUCUUCAAGAAUAGACAGAAUAAAACUAGAUUACCGGACUGUCGUCGAUGCAACACAGGCUGAUGCAAACUGUCCAUUUGUUGAUUUUGAAUUAAAUGAUAUGACGAUGAUGUUCAGGUACAACUCCAUUAACACUAUGAAGACAUUCACUUUGAAUAUGUCCAGUAAUGACUACCCAGAGUAUACAGUUGUCACUGUAUCUGACCGGCCAGAGCAUACAGAGGUUAUAGGGGCAAGGAUCCCACUGAUAUUCAACAGAAUUUCUAGAGAGUACUACAAGGACAUGAACAUUGCACUGCCGUACUUUGAUGACGAUGACAUAAUGGAAGUAGAUUAUAAGCCACCAUCAGUUGAGAGAAUGAUCAGUAAAGAAUCUGUAGCCUCCCACUAUACUGACUGUACAGACAUGUCCAGUGAACAUUCUGAUGAGAAUGAAGACUAUGAUGAUUAUUACAAUGAAAACGGAGACAUGAACUAUGGGGAAGAGGUUCAGAACCCAUUGCUGUUGGAUGAUAUUGACAGAGUGAAGCUUCUCUAUGGUUCCAAAAGUAUUAAUGAAAGAAUGUUUGGGACUAUUGAUGAUAUUGAUGUAGAGCUAAUGGUAGAUAUGACAUUCCUUGAUGAGGAGAUAGCGAAGGCUUGGAAAGUUGUCCGAGAUGAACCACUUGUGAUACGUCUUCAUCUAUCUCUAUCUAGGUACCUAGAUGCUACAGAGCCUAAGGUUGAGGUGUUCCAGCAUUCCAUGAAAGAUAAAGAGAAGUCUGGUGUUGCAGUGCAAGUGAAAAAGAUAAUGGAGUUGUUUGUAAUGUCUCAGUGGAAGAAUAUAAGUAACGAAACCAUGUCAACCAAAAAAACAAAGCCAGUUGUCAAGCCACCACCACCAUCCAAGUCUAAGAAAGCCAAGUUUGAGUCCUUUCUUUCUGAGCCUGGUAAUAUGGGAGGUAUAGACAGUCCUGCCGGGUUAUAUCAACCACAAGAACAAAGCAUCAACAGUAUUGUAGAGAUGGGCUUCGCACGUGAUGUCACUAGAAAUGCUCUUGUGAUUGCUAGGGGUAACAUUGAUGAAGCCCUGAAUCUGUUGGUGACAUCUCCAGAAAGUGUGAAUGACUCAAUGCAAGAGGAGAAUCUUGUACCAGCAUCCUCAGCACAAGGGGCCAAACCAAAGAAUUCUGCACCAACACCUCCUCCUCGACCAUCCAGAAAACAGUCUAAACAUAAGCCUAAGUCAUCUAAAGCAGCAAAUGAUAGUUCUGGACAGAGUGAUGAGUUACAUCUCAAGCCAAGUACUACUGCAGUAGGCAAAUGUGCCAAGCGAAUCCCUCAAAUGGAGGAGGGCUUUUUAGUUCAGGUGAUGAGAUAUGCAUAUCAAAGAGUGCCAACAUUGAAUGAGUAUUGUGUUGUCUGUGAUGAACCUCAUGUCUUUCAAAAUGGUGCAAUGUUAAAGCCUGCAGUGUGUGCCAGAGAAUUGUGUGUAUUUGCCUUCCAAACCCUUGGAGUUAUGUCAGAUGCAGCAGAGGACAUUGCAACUGGUGCUGAGGUGGUUGAUCUCCUAAUAGCUAUGUGUAAUGCAGCAUGUCGCCAUAAUAGACGAGAAAAGAUAUUUGAUCCAUUUCCAACCAUCGUUGAUCCAUCAAACCCAACAGAGUUAGCGCUACAUCCCAAGAAUAAGGAUUAUAAAACUGUUGAAAAGAUCCUAGAAUGUUUCAUGUCCAUGCGUGAGAUGACCUCCAAGGGCGCCAACUUGAAGCGUGAACUUGACGCUGGUCAUAAACUGGCAUAUCCCCUGUUGCAAUGGAUUAUCUCCAGUAAUAGGUCACAUAUCGUGAAACUGCCGGAAGAACGGCAAGUGAAGUUCAUGCUGACCCCCCACCAGUUUCUUUUGCUGAGUAGCCCUCCAGCAAAGGAGGGCAUAUUCCGGGCAGCGAAAGCAAAACAUGGGAGCACAUUUGCAUUUCAUGGCUCUAACAUAGAAAAUUGGCAUGCAAUCAUGAGGAUUGGACUCAUCAAUGCAUCAGGCACUAAACACCAGCUCCAUGGAGCAGCGUAUGGCAAUGGCAUCUACCUCAGUCCUCAUGCAAGUGUCUCUUUUGGCUACUCUGGUAUAGGAGUAGGCUCAUAUCAUAGAUCCCAGAAAGGGAGGUCAGAUGCCCAGUCAAAGAAAGGUGUGAGAUUUCUGUCCAGCAAACACCUUACAUGCAUUGCCCUAUGUGAAGUGGUCACAACAAAAGAGUUAAAGAAGCACGGCAACAUCUGGGUGUCUCCUAACCCAGACCAUGUAUGCACAAGAUUCUUUUUUGUGUAUGAAGAUGGUCAGGUUGGUGGCAACAACAUUGACACUCAGAAUGAGGCUCAUCGCAAAGAAAUCUUGAAGGCGCUGUCUUUCCAGACAUUAACAAUGCAUGAGCCAAUGUAGUGACAUCAAAUGCAGUGACAAAAAUUAACCAAUGCAGUGACAUCUAAGUGCAGUGAUAUCACAAGGUCAUAAAGUGACACCUCAAUAUUAAGUGACAGAAGAGUCCAUGCUCACUGGAAGGGAGCCAAUUUACAUCAUAUACCUUGUCUGAUGACUACCGUACCAUAU